AUGGUUAUGAUGUACGCYCUGAGAGUUCGAAAGCAAAGACGGCGGGGUCGUAUGUAUCAAAGAAGAGKUUGGGCAUGGCCUAGACCACAACACUGGUUUAGAACCAUGCUCGCUAACAGAAACCUGGAUGUUUUGUGGAAAGAUCACUUUCGUGUAUCCAGAACAACAUUCYACUACAUUUGUGAUCUAGUAAGAGCAGAUAUACAACGACAAGCUACUAGGAUGAGACAGCCUGUAAGCGUGGAGGAGCGAGUUGGGUUGUGUUUAUUGCGUCUUGCGACAGGAAACAGUUACAGAACAUGUGGACUACAAUURGGAUUUGGAAAAUCAACAGCUAAAACCAUUUGUCAAGCAUUUGAAGAAUCUUUGACCCGUAAAAAGAACCAGUUUAUUGUGUUUCCUAUUACAAGGCAGGACAUUGAAAAAACUAUGCAAGAUUUUGAAGACAAAAAUGGGAUACCGCAAAUAGCUGGUGCAGUGGAUGAUUCAAGAGUGCUAAGACUUAGUGGGAUUGUGGACAUGGCUGAGAAUCAACAAAUCSUAGCGUUUCCYAAAAAGGAUGUAAAUGGGGUAGAUAUAGGACCGCUUCUUAUUACAGACAGUGCCUACAAGCUAAGGCCAUGGCUCAUAAAACCCUAUCCAAACAGAAGGCAGCUAACACAAGAGCAGAGAAAAUUCAAUCGACACCUUAGUUCUGCAUGA